AUGGUGGCAGAGACCAUCUGUGCUCCUCCUCCUCAUCCCUUGACAGCAUCAAAACCCUGUUCGUCAUGCAGAAAUUUACACCGAAAAUGUGAUAAAUUACUUCCAUCAUGCUCACACUGUCUGAAGAGAGGCUAUACAUGCACGUAUGUUUCAUCACCCGCAGAACAAAGACGAACCAACAACAAACAAAUCAUUCAACAACAUCAGCAACCGAUCAUCAACUCAAGGAACUUUAAACAAAAUCUCACAAAAGAAGUGAUAUUCUCUAUUUCGGAAAAUCAGCAUGGUGGUACGAGUCGGAAUCGUCAUUAUUGGUAUCAAUAUCAUCCUUACUCACAACAAACAACAUAUCAUGUUCCAUCAUCCAAUAGAGAAGUCCAUCACACGAAUUUCCAUCCAAAAAGACCCCACUUACUGUACGCAGAUCCUAAUCAAUCACAAAUUCAGCAUGCCAUUAAUUAUCGAUUUUCAGCCACUCAAACCCUUGAUAUAUAUUUCAAGUUUACCUGCUUGGACCUUCCACUGAUAGAAAGAACGAAAUUGGAGUUUAUUAUUGACAAUCAAUUAACAAGUGAUGGUAAUAAUGGCAUUUCAACUUACACUCAUCCUCAACAACCCUUAUACAACCAAAACGAGCUUGAAAAAGAUCUAGCUGUGUUGUAUUUGUUGCAAGCAGUCAGUUUACAACAAGCAGGGCGUUUUUACGACACGCUCGACAGUACGGAACAAGACUGUUUACUUCCACAACAUUUAUUUCAGCUUGGAAAUCAAUUAAUAUCAAAAUAUAGUGACAAUAUGGAUUCAAUGAACUUGAUUAUUGCAACAAAAUUUAUGGCUGACUAUUUGCUAGGUGAGGGAGAAAAGAACAAAGCAAGAACACUGAUGAUGCAUGUCAGAGAUAAAUUACAACCUCAUAUUUUAAAUUUGGCAUCAAAUACAGAACAUGAUCAACAACAGGAAUGGUCCAUGCAAAAUUGCUUAGACAACAAUUGCACUGAAUUUUCACAUAACUCCCGUCAGCCAAAUCAGAACAGUUCUUCUGAUCUCAACUUUGUCACUCAUUUUCCCUCUCAACACUUUGUAACAGCUAUGCUUCUAGAAACUCAAUUACGAUAUGCUGACAUUUUCUUCUACGAAGAAGAACGGCCGACAACAUUUAUAUUUGACGAAUUCGAAGCUCUUUCAAAUAGAAAAAUCAAAUUUUCCAAGUCAAAAUUGUUUGGACAAGCAGCUACUUCAUGUACAGACAUUAGUGAAGAGGUCUCUCAAAAACUUAUUCAGGCCAUUCAUGUUGGAAUGAAAUGCUUUGAUAGCAUCUUCACGAACACCGUGACAAAAAGAAAUACUAUUUUAUUCUUAAUGGCUCAUUUGUAUGGUCGGCAGAUUUAUUUGGAAAUUCUUGUCAAUUCAAAAGUUAGAAAUUUAUCAGAAAUUAUGAGAGUGUGCUCUGAUAUCAUGGAACUCGCUUUGACUCACACUUGUUUUCCAUACUUGCCAAUUGUUGCAACCAAGGGUAUUUUAAUGGCUAUUUCUCUAAGAUUUAACUAUUUUGUGGAAUAUCAUGCAAAAACUUUGGAAAAUUCCACUGUCAGAAUUAAUUUUAGUGAUGACUUGAAAAUUUUGAAGAAUCUUUGUCAUCGAUUUAAGCUUAUUCGAAAUGAGAGACGAGAUCUCGUAAAGGCAUUAGAAUCUCUUGUUUAUUUACAGCAAGAACAAACACCAGCAGCAGUUCAAAAUGAAGAUACUCUUCUUGGUAAUUUUCUUCCAUUGCUUGACUUGAAUAGAGAUGCAGCUCCUCUGCUGCCAGAAGUAUCGUCUAAGCUUGACAACAACAAGAACUCAAAAGUCCUCGAAGCAAAUAAUUACCCACGGUGGACUCUAGGUCAUCAUGAGAACUUUUCACCCCACUCGUUCAAGCAAGCAGUUCGAGAAGUGUUGGAAAAUUCAGAGUUGAUGGAACUCUUCAUUGAUGAAAUUGCACAAGAACAAAUUAUGAUCAAGGAAAAUGCCAAGAAUGUGACAGAGAAUUCACACAAAACUCAACAGCUCUUGCUCGAAAAGAGAUUGGAGAUGGCCAACAAAAUCAUUGCCCUUUCAAAGAAACAUAAGGAUAUCUCAGGGCUAUUGGAAGGUGAAAGUUUUAAGAAACUAGUUUUGACAGAGUUUGAAAAAUAA